GAUGAAUUUAUAAUCAUUUUCUGAUAAUAUUUUGCCAGUCGUAACAGUACUUUGAGUUAAUAAUUCUCGGUGCUUCUUUCUAAAUAUUUUGUAUUUCCCAAAUAAAGGAUAUUGAUCAAUUACGAAUCAGUAAUCAAUAAUCUAGUCAAAUCUCUCGGGUUCUCGGAUAUUUCAUAACCUCAAAAGAGUAGGAUGUUUAGAAUCAAAUUUGUUGACUAUUACAUGCAUACAGUAUUGAAAAGAAUAUUGUUAAUAAUGAUGAGUCAGUGAAAUUUAAAUAAAAGCCUUCCGAAAGUGAAAAAAUAGAAUCACUGACAGAGGAAAGCUUUUAUCGUCGUGUGUAAUGCAGUGUAAUGUAAUGAAUCUUUUGUAUACAGAAAAAUGUAUUGUGAUCGUUAGGCAUUUUUUUCACGUGGCAAUAAUGUAAGUAGUGCCUGGUAGUGUCUGGUAGUGCCAAAUCUUUAUGUAGGAAACAGCACCAAAGAAAUAUCCUUGACAGGACCUAACGAAAUCGUGAUCCAUGUUUUGUAAUAAUAGCCAUAUGUGAUACAGAGACUAUUUUUCUUGUAUGGUCCUCUACGUAGUUGACUAUGACGGAGAAAUUAGAAAUAGUGAAGGGUCAAAAAUUCAGUAGCUAUGAAGAGUUGAAAAAAUUCGUAGAAGAAUUUCAAAAAUGUAGCAAACAAAGGUUUCGAAAGCAAAGGUCGAAAUAUAUCGCGCAAGCUCAUUUAAGAAAGGAAUUUAAAAAGGAGCUGGUUUACUAUGAAAUGGAAUUUGUUUGCAUCCACGGAGGAAUUUACAGAAGAAGAGGAUCUGGAAUUCGUGAAACAAGAACACUAUGCACGAAUUGUCCUAGUUUUUUUAAGUUGAGGGCUUCUCAGGAUGGUACAAAAUUAGAAGUAAAAAGUCUGAACAUGGUGCAUGAAAAUCAUGGAACGAUAGAGGAUCCUUUGGGUAGUAUUUCCAAGAUGACAAGGGUUUCCACCUGUAUGUUGUCAAAGAACAAAAAUCAAAAUGCCAAAGAAGAAUUGAAUGAAUCAGUGAACGAUCAAAUAAAAUCUACCCCUCCAAUAGAGAGUCUAAAGGAAGAAAAAGCAAGCCGUAAAUUUUUGGAGAAAUCUGAAAUGAGACAGGGCGCAACACCAUUACCAUUCUGUGUGAAACAAUUGAGACAACGAGCAAUAAAAGAAGAAUUUUUAGCUGGAACGAGUAAUUCGGAUGACGAAGGCAGUACAUCUUGUAAUUCUGAUAAUGAUGAAGAAGAAGCCAGUAUUGAGAGCAAAGUAACUGACAAUGCAAAUAAUAAUAACCAUUAUGUAUUUGUCGAAUAUGUACCUAACAUAUCGGUAAACAAAACCGUAAAAUCCGAGUCAGAGGAUUUAAAAACUAUGGAUUGCGAGCAAGUUGGUAAAUCGUUUCCAUGUAAUCAAACCCGUAAAUCUAUUGCUACGCAAACCAACUCUAAGAUCUACAGCAUCGAAAUGUUUCGAACAAACAACAAUGCCAUUUUAUUUUACACUGGUUUGGAAUCCUACGAAAAAUUUAAAGCGGUUUACAAAACUUUGGAACCGAACAAACCGCCCUUUCUUCAUUAUCAGGGCGACGUGACCUCCAUUGGUAAAGAAGACCAGUUGUUUUUAACCUUGAUGAAAUUAUGGCGAAACACUGAAGAUUAUGAAUUGUCCCUGUUCUUCGGGAUCAGCAAAAUGUGCGUUUUCAAUGUCCUGAUUACAUGGAUUAAUUUUAUGCAUCAAAUGUGGUCGAUGACUGAUUGGUGGCCCAGUGAGGAAUUUAUAAUUUUCUACAUGCCUAAAUUAUUCAAACAGUAUUACCCCUCAAAUAAAUUUCUGCGAGAUGUCACAAGGAUUGCACAGCUGCAUGAGGACAGUAUUGAGAAUGAUGCAUACGAAGAGGAUCUAGACAUGUCUAGUCCGGGGAAUAGACAACUUGCCUCGGAUCGAAUCUAUGUUAAAAAAUUAGUCAAUUUAACUAAGAGAUUUAAGAUUCUUCGAAAGUCGUUGAAAAUGUGCUACGCUCCUCUGGGGCAGAAAGUAUAUGAGAUUUGCUUAAUGAUGUGUAAUUUUACGGAGGAUCCAAAUACGUAAUAAAUAAUAUUCAUUUGUUACUUUGGGAUUGAGAAUUGUAAGAUAUGGACAAUUGAUGAAGGGCUUAAGAACACCUAAAGAACAGGGUGUCUACUAGGUACUAGGGUGAUCCAAAAAAUUUCUUUUCUCGAAUUUUUAUGGGGACAUCUCAGAAAUUUGUUCGAAUCCACACAAAAAUAAAAGAAUUUUUUUAUUUUGAAAAA